CAGCAGCAGCAGCAGAGGGGCAGACAGCAGGCCAGGGUUUACGCGGUUGAUCAGGCCGAGGCAGAUCAGCAACCAGGUACUAUGUCAGGGAUGGUUGUUCUCAAUGAUAUUCCUGUGUUUGCUUUACUCGAUACUGGAGCGACACAUACUUUCAUAUCACGACGAUGUCUUGAUGCCAUCGGAGUUCAUGCCGUUACCGCUGUCGAUCCUCUCGAGGUAAGUUUAGCCUCGGGACGAAAGAUAGUGACCUCAGCUAAAGCCUCAGAUCUUAGCCUUUCCAUCGGUGGCCGAGUAUUGACUACCGACGCGUUUGUUCUCGAGAUGAGGGAUUUCGACCUUAUUCUCGGAAUGGAUUGGCUAUCCUUCUAUCAUGCAGACAUCAGGAAUCGUUCACUGCCUCAUGUUGUUUCGGUGGCGAAAGCCACUAAGCUACUGCGACGAUGCAACAGCCAGGGUUAUCUGGUGAGCCUUGUCGACGAGUCUCAGAAAGCGCGAACACCUUAUGAUGUUCCAAUUGUUCGCGAGUUUGUGGACGUAUUUACAGACGAACUUCCAGGAGGACCGCCUAACCGACAGGUAGAGUUCUCUAUCGAUCUCAUUCCAGGGGCCAGUCCAGUAUCUAAAGCCCCAUACCGUAUGGCGCCUAAGGAGUUGCAGGAGCUUAAGACUCAGAUUCUGGAGCUGUUACGACUCGGUUUCAUCCGACCGAGCGUGUCACCAUGGGGAGCACCCGUUCUCUUUUUCAAGAAGAAGGACGGAUCCAUGCGCAUGUGUAUCGACUACCGGGAUCUUAACCGAUUAACAAUCAAGAACAAGUACCCGCUUCCCGGGAUCGACGACUUAUUUGAUCAGUUGAGGGGAGCCUAUGUGUUCUCAAAGAUUGAUUUGCGAUCAGGCUACCACCAACUGAAGAUUAAGGAAUCAGAUAUCGCUAAGACCGCUUUCAGGACUCGUUACGGCCAUUACGAGUUCGUCGUCAUGCCUUUCGGUCUCAGCAAUGCGCCAGCAGUUUUCAUGGACCUCAUGAACCGUAUAUUCCAUCCCUACCUCGAUCAGUUCGUUAUUGUCUUUAUUGACGAUAUUCUUAUCUACUCGAAGAGCCAGAAGGAGCACGAGGAGCAUCUGAGGGUGGUUCUCGAAACCCUCAGACGAGAAAAGUUGUUUGCAAAAUUCUCCAAAUGCGAGUUCUGGCUCCAGCGAGUAUCCUUUCUGGGUCAUGUGAUUACUCAGGCUGGUAUCGAGGUGGAUCCUUCCAAGGUCUCAGCCGUUCAGAACUGGUCGACACCGAGGAGUCCGUCCGAGGUUCGCAGUUUUCUCAGUUUAGUUGGUUACUAUCGCAGGUUCAUCGAGGGCUUUUCCAAGAUCGCCCUCCCUCUUUCCCAGCUGACGAGGAAGUCUGUGAAGUUCGAGUGGACUGAUCGUUGUGAGACGAGCUUUCAGGAGCUCAAGAGGAGGUUAACUUCAGCACCGGUAUUGACUAUUCCCGAUCCUUCUCGGAGUUUCACUAUCUUCAGUGAUGCUUCGAGACAGGGCUUGGGAUGUGUCCUUAUGCAGGACGGACAGGUCGUUGCGUAUGAUUCACGUCAGCUUAAGCCUCAUGAGCAGAAUUAUCCGACGCACGACUUGGAGUUAGCAGCAGUCGUUCAUGCUCUCAAGAUCUGGCGACAUUAUCUUUACGGCGGACGUUGCGAGAUUUUCACAGAUCAUAAGAGCCUGCAGUACAUCUUCACGCAGAAGGAACUCAAUAUGAGGCAGCGCCGUUGGCUCGAACUUGUCAAGGAUUACGAUUGUUCUAUUCAGUAUCAUCCAGGAAAGGCGAACGUCAUCGCGGACGCCCUUAGCCGAAAGGUGAAGGGUGACUUGACGUACGUCAUUACGCAGCAAAGUCUGUUGAUUCAGGA